AUGAGGAGCCUUGGAAGCUUUCGAAACACUGUGACCUCAUAUCGCGCCUACGUCUCGGUCAUCGUUCAAUUAAUCUCAACGUUCCUCGGCCUACUAAAUAUUCUCACGCUUACUACCCUCACCAACUACGCGACCCGCCUGUGGCUUAUGAGUCAUCAAACCAGACUUGGGCACUUGAGUCUAUGGACAGCAGCAGCACUACAAAGGGUGGAUGUUAGUUUGUCUCCAGGGCAUAUCGCUACUUGCGUCGGCAUACUAGUCGUUUCACAAUUGCCUGGUGCAUUAUGGGCUGGUUCGUUGACCCCCGUGCUCAUUCAUCACAAUAGAGAGAUUGGGAGAAUCGAGGUACCAUAUUUCGACAGCGGUAGCCAGAGGAUAUGGAACAGUCAGUUUGAGUUGAAGGGUAAUAGUGUCUGGAACAAUAUGACAUUCUGUAAUAGUACCCUGCUUUAUCCAAGCGGGUUCGUCUCAACAUGCCCAGUUCCAGAUCACAGGCAACAACUCUUGGACCACGCCAGCCAAGCUUCGCGCCGGGCGGAAGCUAAUCUCAGCAAGAUCGAUUCGCCAUCAUGGAUAUACCGUGACCGGUCCACUGGAUUUGGUUCAUCCCCAGGUGUGGUUGAGCCAAUCGAUAUUAACCCAUCAUUCCAACUUGACAAGUACUGUUACCUCGAGGAGGGCUACGAGGCCACUGUCGAAUGCACAAAAAAUGCCAGUACAGCUUAUGGGUACACCGUCCUAGAAAAGGAUCCUGAAUACGAAACAGUAUGGGUAAUCCAAGGUCUUCUGCCAAAUACUCCAGCUGGGGACUCUGAGGAUUAUCCUCUCCUGAGUUGGACUAAGGAAAACGAGAACAGGCCUCCGCCAAUACUUGGAUGGACCGCAGUGUCACACGGCGGAAGGAACAUCAUUGCGAUCACCGCUAAUGAAAGAUACUUGACAUUCAAUCAGACGCAGUGUGAUGUCUUUUUCAAACGCACGAUCAAAAGCGUGUACGUAAAUCAGACCGAGAAGUCCAUUACAGUACGACCUUUUAGUCAGGGAUGCAACGGGAUCUUGCAAAAUUCCGUUAACAUGCAAGACUUUGAACCCACAGGGAAGCUUACUGCCAAUGUGGUACGCUCCAUACGACUCUUGUCUAGAAUGGGCACAGCACUAUACGUAUCCGACCUGGGUGAACCGCUCAAAAGGAAUCUUGAGAGCUAUUUUAACCCAAUCAGGAGCGGAGAUGAGUUGAGAGCAGUGGAAGACUUCUUUACUGUGAUGAUAGAUGACCUCCUCGUUGCGUACGGCGCCGGUCAGGUUCACUUUGGGUCUUCUUUCUAUCGACCGAUAACAGGGUUGUUCAAAGCAAUCAGAUUAGGGGAUGACGUCUUCAUCUUUGCCCUUGCGUCGAUGAAUCUCGUAUUUUUCAUCAUCAUACUUUUCGAGGCAGUAAGAACGAGGUUCUGGCAUGCUUUGCCUGAUUUUGAUCACACUAAAGUUCACGACCUUAUCGUUGCUACUUCUUCAGGAGUGCCAACGAAUGCGGCAUCAGAGGAAGACGACCGUCCAAGUGGUACGGUAGAGGAUGUGAAAGUGAAGCUUCAUCAGAAUGCAAGAGAGGCUAAACCCCUGCUAUUCAUAAUGUACGGAAACAGUGCAAAUGAAGACGAGAUCGGCCCUCCACAUGGAGAAGAAGCUCACUUGUUGGUAGAAAACAUUGGGAGUGUUUCUUGA